AGUGGCACAACAUGUUGUCAAGCACGACAAGCAUAUCCUUAACGGUGCUACACUUGAUGUCAGUCUCGAGUUACUUGAGGAUGCUGAAAGUACAAGCAAAACCAUCAAGAUAACUGGCCUUGCUGCAAAGACUACAGAAGACUCGAUUUCCAACUACUUUGAAAAUGAGAGGCGUUCUGGGGGUGGAGAGGUAGAAGUCGUGGAUUACCGACCUGAAGAAAAUAUAGCUUUCGUGACAUUCAAAGAUGAUGAUGCCGUGAAACGUGUGUUAGAACAUGGUAAGCACAUCCUUGAUGGAGCCACACUGGAUCUCACGCCCAUCAACACAGCAACUGACUCGCUCGACGAAGUAAAAAUACAAGAAUCGCGAGUAAUAGAGGUUACUGGACUUGCUGCGCAAACAACUGAAGACGCAAUUUUGAACUUUUUUGAAAACGAGCGGCGUACUGGGGGGGGAGAGAUAGAAAGUGUCGCUUACACUCCUGACCGAGGAAUUGCUUUUAUCACCUUCGCCACAGUCGAAACUGCGAAAAGGGUCCUGGGACACGGUAAGCAUACCCUUGAUGGAGCCACACUGACUGUUACAGGACAUAACACUGCAGUUGAACCAUGCAAAGAGGAAAAAAGUCAACAGUCACGUACCAUUGAGGUGACUGGACUUGCUGCGACAACGACCAAAGACGCUAUUUGGAAUUUCUUCGAGAACAAGCGGCGUUCUGGAGGAGGAGAAAUAGAAAUUGUUGAUUUUGAUUCAGACCAAGCAACGGCUGUCAUUACCUUUACUACGGCCGAAAGUGCUCUUGGAGUCAUCAGUAAGGGAAGUCUUACUUACGAUGGAGCGAAUCUCACGAUUACCCUCAAACAACCCCCACGGAAACUACCUAUGGACACAAGACGACUCUUUGUUAAAGGCCUUAGCGAUAAAACUACCUCAGACGCUCUUCAAUCUUACAUGGAAGUAGUAAGUGGAGUGGAUGUCCUGACUGCUGAGUUGGGAGGUGAAGCAUGUGCAAUAGUUACCUUCGAUGAAUACUAUGAUUACGAAGCUGUUACAAAGAAAAUCUCCAGGAAGCCACUGGAAGGCAAAACUCCGGUGGUAGAGCAACUUCCAGUUUGUCACUGUGUGCAAGUAUCAGGUUUCAACAAAGAAAAAACCACUAAGGAUACCGUGCGCUACUACUUCGAAAGUCCAAAGAACAAAGGUGGUGAUGUAAGCAGCGUGGAGCUCAAUCUAAAAGAAGGAUGGGCGUUGGUUUACUUCGAAGACCCAAAAGUUGUUCUCAACGUCGUGGCGAAAAGUCACUUCCUUAGUGGUGCAGAGUUGGAUGUCAGGCCUCAUUACUCGUUGCUUGGGAAACCUCAGCCAGUCAAAGCUGAUAUUGAACUGGUCCAAAAUAUCGCUGUCGACGGAAUGAAAAUGCAGUUCAUUUUGGAACACUGCAAAGUUGAUUUGACAGAGGUUCAGAACAGCUACGAUGUUCAGAUGACCUGGGAUGAAAGCACCCACAGCGUCACGGUCACGCCCAAAGAUAAGGCCUCAGGAGACAAGCACAGCUUUGAUGAAGCAUGUGAGGCUAUUGCUUCUUUUAUUGCUGACUUUGUUAAAAGUUCUACGCGUGUACCUCCGCAGGCUUGGAAUCAUGUUGUCGACCACUUCAAGAAAACUAAAAGUCCGGCACAGGAAAAUCUAAGAGUGGAUUGUAUCCCUGAGCAGCACGCCUUUCUUCUAAUUGGGAAGAAGCAAGACGUCGAGGAUGUUACUGAAGAAUUAGAAGGAAUGAUAGAAGAGAUUGACAAAAGGCUGAAGAGAGAGGCAUCAAAAAUAGAAAGAACAGUCGUUAUUCCAUAUACGCGUCUGCAGUUUUUGAAACAUCUCGAAUUUGCCAAGGAACUGGAAAGUCAACACGAAGAAGUUGAAGUCACCAUUCUCCCUGAAAAGGGAGUGGUUCAAAUUCGAGGUCCUCCUGAAACCAUCCAUAAGGUUACAGCAGCGAUUUGGGAAGCAGUUGCUAAAAUGAAAGACGUGAAGCUGAACCUGCCACGGAAUCAUCUCGCCCUACUGAGGAGCACGCCCUGUCAGGCAUUCAUAAGAGAUAUGUUCACAGCCAACAAUUUACAAGCCAUAAUAGCCUCUGACGAGAAAGAGGGAAAUCUAUUUGUCCUGGGGACGGAAAGUGACAUUACAGAGAAAGCUCUCGAUCUAGUGAAAACUUUGAUAGUUGAAGAAUGCGUCGACCUGGACGAAGACCAAGUUCAGCUAGAGAAAAGCGAAAAGUGGCAUCUGUUAAGAGAAGAGAUGAGAGAAAAACGCAUUAUAACACUGUCAUUUGAUGAAAGCAAUAAGAAGAUAUGUCUCUUGGGCGUAAAAGAGGAUGUUUCGGAUGUUGUUAAGGCUGUCAAUCGUUUCCUUGAAGAAAAUACCAUUAUAAGCAGCGUUGUGACACUUCCAAAAGGCUGUCGCCGAUUUCUUGUAAAAUACCGCGAACAGGAACUUCGACAAAUACAAGAGGAACUAAAAGAGUAUUCCACGCGAAUAAAGAGUUUGGUUGAUGAAGAUGAAAAGGAUUUGAUUGUUUCAGGUACGACCUGUGGAGUUGACAAAGCUACGGAGCUGAUUCAAGAUCUGGCAUCUAAAGUUCAAAGUCAAAAGAUGCUUGUCAGCAAGCCUGGGAUGCGUAAAGUGCUUGAUCGAGGCAAAGGCCAAAAAUUACUAGCCAUGUUGGAGAAUGAAAAUGAAUGUGUAAUUGAAUACUGUAAACUACGCAAAGCGGGUGCAAAGGAAGUUAAAGAAGUAAAGAAAGCAGAAAAGAAGAAGGAGAGUUUGUGCGACCUUCUUACUCCGGAUGGAAAAAGAAUUCUGGUUUUCAAAGACAACAUAUGCAAUCGCAACGUCAAUGUGAUUGUGAAUGCUGCUAAUUCAAAGCUUCAGCACGUGGGUGGUGUCUCAAAAGCAAUUUAUGAGAGGGCGGGAGAGGCGUUCAGGGCAGAGUGUGAUCGCUUUAUCGUUGACGCCGGACCACUUUUGGAUGGCCAAGUGGCUGUAACGUCUGCCGGAAAAUUACCCUUUCAAAAAGUAAUUCAUGCUGUGGGGCCACAAUGGGAGAAAAAGGCAGCACAGGAAAAAUCAAUGGGGAAAAUUCCAAUACAGGAGAAGAAGUUAAGCUAUGCAUUAAAAAAUGCCCUGGAUGUUGCAAAGAGCUAUAACUCGGUAGCCAUUCCUGCCAUCGGCACAGGCGUCUUUGAAUUUCCACGCGAACUGUGCGCCCACUUUAUGGUAGAAUCUGUGCUGGCUUUUUUCCGAGAAAACCCGAGUUGUUUCCUAUCCGAGGUCCAGUUUACCAGUACCGAUGAAAGUGUGGUAAAGGCUUUUGCAAAAGAGAUGGAUUCCAGAUUUCUUAACGAUCCCAAUUAUCAAUCGUCCUUAGACCCAAAAAGGAAGGAAAAAGAUACAAAAGAAAAAGGCAGAGCCACAUCAAUCCCAGAUAUGUCCCCGGCAAUAGUUUCUUCCAAUACCGCUCCAAAUGUUAUCAAGACACCAGAAGGCUUAGAAUUGGUUCUUGUCAUUGGUGACAUGUAUUGUGAAAAGGUUGAUGUUAUCGUUAACUCCACGUCAUCGGACCUCAAUCUUAGUGCAAACGCAAGUGCUAUGGCCCUGAGUGCCGCUGCAGGCCCCAGGCUACAACAAGAGUGUAACACGAUUGGUAAAGUAGAUACCGGAGAGAUUGUGGUAACAAGCGGAGCAAAUCUAGCGUGUAAGCACGUUUUCCACACUUCAUGCGCUGGAUGGGAGAACGGAGCGGGCGAAAAGGUACUGCGAGAUAUCAUAAAGAAAUGUCUCGAAGAAGCUCAAAAGAGGAGUCUCUCAACUAUUUCCAUCCCUGCAAUUGGGACUGGUAACCUCAAUUUUCCCCGUGAUUGCGUGGCUGCAGCUUCCUUUGACGAAGCUGUUGUCUUCAGUAAGAAAAAUCCAAGCACCUCUUUGAAGGCAGUCCAUUUAGUCGUGUAUGAUAAAGAUUUGCAAUCAUUGCAAGCCUUCCAGACCGAACUACAAAAAAGAGGUGGGGUAGGCCCACCUCCACCGCAGCCACCAGCAGGAACAGUGGAUCCGAAACAUGGAAAGAAGAAACGUCGAGGUUGGCGCGGUGGUAACACCAAACGAUCUGAUUUAGAUACCCCUGAUGACGUUGGCGAUACCUUGGAAGAAGAGCCCAUGAUGUUAAAUCCCUUACAACCUGAAAUAAUGAUUGGCAAUGUAGUCGUUCAAGCUGAGACUGGUAACAUCACGAAAGAAGCAACCGAUGCAAUCGCGACAUUGUCAAACAGCGAGCUGGAUGUUGCACUAGGGGGUGGUGUGGGAAAGGCUAUCCUAGCUGCUGGAGGACCAACUAUUCAAACAGAAUGCUCAUCUAUGGGGUCCCAGAAGCCAGGCUCUGUUGUAGUUUCUGGAGCCGGAAAGCUACAAGUUGGAAAAAUCUACCACAUGGUUCCAGAUUACGGCACGAGCAUGCAUUCCAUCACUGACUGCAUUUUAGAGUGUUUGCGAAAAGCUGAGUCGGAUGGAUUGACCUCGAUUUCAUUCCCAGCCGUUGGAACAGGGAACAUAAAUAAAGAUGCAAAAGAGGCUGCAGAGGGGAUGAUGUCUGCUAUUUUCAAAUUUGCUCGAGAGGAACCUGUAUCCAUUGCUCUUGUUCGUAUUGUAAUCUAUCAGCCUCAUAUGUUAACUGUUUUCCAAACUGCAAUGGAAGCGAGCUUGUCUUCUGAAAAAGGUGGAACCGGUUUUCUCUCAAAGCUUGCUGGAUGGUUUGGAUUUGGACGAAUUACCUCAGCGUCUUCACAUUCUAUGUCAUCUAUGCGCAUUUUUCAAGGAAAAGGAAAGCCUUUCAGCUACAUAGAAAUCUUUGCAGGCACAAAGCAAGACAUCGACGCAGUCAUCAAGAAAAUAGAAAAGGAUGUGGCCGAUCACUGCACACAGAAAGUAAUUGAACGUGAAGCCAUAUGUAAUCUUUCAAAGGAGCAAACACAACAAAUUAAGAAAUUGGAAGCUGAAUACGACGUCACUGUUAACCUGGAGCAGAGCAUUGGUCGUAUAUCUGUAAGAGGUGAUGCAGAAGACGUUCUUGAUGUAGCCACCACAAUUUACGACGUACUCAACCAGAAGAUUGAGGAAGAGCACACGAAAGGUGUUGGUGAGCUCCUUUCGAAAAAUGUACAGUGGUUCUCAUAUGGCAGCGAUGGUGAUGAAACCCCAGAGCCCUAUGAGCCCAGCAUUAAUUUCCAGAUUGAAGAAGCCUUUCGUGAGGGCAAAGAUUCCCUUAUUGUAUUAAUUGAUGAAGCAAAAUGCAAGAUUGCGUUCAAAGACAUGACGGAAACCUGCCUUGACGAUGGAGAAGUGAGAGUCGUUGUUCGAAAGGAGAUUGGGAAAGGUGUUCCAUUACCCUUGGAGUGGGAUGUGCACCCAAAGGAUGGCUCUGGAAAAGAGAAAGAAGUACAUCUAGUGUUAUUAGACCCUAACGCGAGCGAGUACAAAAAGGUAGCAGACGAAGUACGCAAGACGUCUCCUGUUAACAUUAUCAAGAUCGAAAGGGUGCAAAACCCUGUCCUAUACCGGCAGUACAUGGUCAGAAGGGACCAGAUGGAGCAUAAAAAUGGUGGCAAUGAAAAACAACUCUUCCAUGGAACGGCGGCAAGCAGUUGCCCCACCCUCAGCAAAUUCGGUUUCAACAGAAGCUAUUGUGGCAAAAAUGCCACUGUGUACGGAAAUGGUGUUUACUUUGCUCGAGACGCUUCCUAUUCCACUCAAAAGACGUAUUCUCCACCCGAUGCAACUGGAAACCGUCACAUAUAUCUUGCACGCGUCCUUGCCGGUGAAUACACGACCGGACGACAGGGAAUGAUAACUCCGCCUCCCAAGGGGAGUGACGCUACAGAUGCUUAUGACAGUGUUGUGGAUAACCCCACAAAUCCGACUAUAUUUGUUGUGUUCUACGAUAACCAGUGUUAUCCAGAUUAUCUUAUAACUUUUAGAUGAGAAAGCAAAAGUUAUUAGGAAACUUUCAAUAACCAGUAAUAUUGCUCCAUUUCAUUAUGGGGGGGGGGAAGUGAAUGUUUUUCUUGAUUUUUAGUGCUUCCAUGGGAGAACCAGGCAAGAGGUUUUUAAAACUCAAAUAACCGAUUUAGCCCAAACUUAGAAAAAA